CCUUUUUAUUAUAAAAAGUAUUUAUUUUCUAAUAUCUAAUAUGCACAUUUUUAUUAAGUUUAAACAGUGCCGAUAAAUAUACAGUACAAUGUAAGUUUCCUUUUACUUCUACGCCCUAUGUCCCUUUUUAUUUAUUUAUUUAUUUAUUUAUUGUGUUUAGUUAGCAUAUAGUAGAUCAUUAGUUUUUGAUGUAGUGUUCAACGAUUCAUUAGUCCUAUGUCCCUUUUUAAGGCAACAACUCUUACCAGCUUCCUGAGCAACCCUCCAAAGAUAUUCUGUGUAUGUGCAUGCAUAUAUAUGUAUAUAUCCUCCUUUACACUCAUAAAUGUUGAAAUCUCAGUAAAACUUACUAAUAUUUUCUUUCCUUAAGGUUAGGUAGUAGUAUACCUUCUUUCCUGCUGUGAAUUCACAUUGCUUUAUUUCUAUUUUGAAUGCCUGUUGUGGUUAUUUACUGCACAACUAUUGCUUCACACUAAUGUGAAUGUAAUGACAUAUACCACUCUAUGCUUUCUUUUUAUUUUUGUUAUUUCAUUCCCAGUGUAUCUCAAAAUUGUCUCCAUAUCUGCAUAUAAAAGGAAGGGUUCCUUCUUUGCAUUUAGUUAUUUUAAAAAUUGAAAUAUAAUUGACAUAUUAGUUUCAUGGUUCCUUCUUUUCAAUAGCCAUACAAUAUUACAUUUAUGGAUGGGUGGUCAUUUACUGAAUUAGUCCUCUAGUGAUGGACAUGUAGGAUCUGAAAAGUAUUCUUUAUUAUUAUAUACAGAGCUGCAGUUAAUAACAUUAUACCUAUUUGUAUACUUGUGCAAGUAUAUCAGUAGAAUAAAUUUGUUGAAAUGAAAUUGCUAGGGCAAAGGUUAUAUUAUUUUAAAUGUUUACAGGUGUUAUAAAGAUGAUUGCUCUUUAGAGAGAUUUUAUCAAUGUAUGAGAUCAACACAAUAAGUUUUAGAUAGACUAGGACUACAGAUUGGUCAUUGCUUUGGGAGAGAAUGAAGAAUUUGAAGCAAUACAAGAUUUUGUAAUGUUCUUUCUAAUAUUUUUUUAGACAUUGAAAGUGUUAAAUUCUCAGAUAAAAUUUAAAAAGAUAACAUAUAAAGGUUGGGUAUAGUUGAUCUUUGAAACAUUUUAUUUCAGCAUCAUAUCUUAUAUGACAAACCUGCACAUUCUCAAGUUUUUCAAAUUAGUUCAGAAGACUUUUCAUGUUUAAUCUGAUAAUAUUAACUUUAGGCAAUAUUUAAACCUGACUGUGAAGCAAAACUUUUAACUGCUUUUAAAUAUAAGCAAUAUAAAACUUUAGAUCUAACUUAGGAGAAAGUCUCUAUGUGUAAAGAAAUAAUUUUAUUCCCUAUGUCAUUCUACAAGUAGUUUUUGAGUAUCUGUUGUGCCCAGCAAUACUUUGGGUGCCAUGGACUGAAAGAGGUACAAGAUUUUACUUAUUCACCGGGAACUUAAAAUAUUGUUUAGGUAGAUCAGAAAACAAAAAACUGUUGGAAAACAUAAUGGUAUAGUAUAUAGUACCAAAUGUGUCAAUUAGCUAACUCAUCAGAGAAGGAACAUAUCCAUGCAAAUUCUUUAACAGGAAAGUGCAACUUAACCUGAAUGCUAAAGUUUAGAUUGAAUUUGGGUAGGUAAGGAAUUAGAGGGGAGAUACUGUAGGCCAGGAAAUUACAUGAAUAAAGAUAUGGUGUGAUUUUGGUAUCAGAGGAGGAAGGAACAUUGAAAUGAUAAACUUCACCGAAAAAGCAAUUUUACAUUUGAAGUAAUUGAAAGUAAGAUUAGGUAAAUAAGCUAGAAUCAUAUGGGAUGGCUUGAAUGCUGCCAAGAAAUUCAUACUUGAUUAAAAAGCAGGUAGAUUCUUCAACAGAAAAGUACAAAUGUGAAGAAUUAUUGUAGCAUUAAUAUAUCAAGUGGAUUUAAGGAACAAGGAAGGAGGCUAUUAAAGUAAUCCAGGCAUGAGUUUUUUGUUCUUUUUUGUUUUUAUGUUUAAGAUCUAUUUAUAAUUUAUUUUUACAAGUAGGAAAGUCCCUCCAUUUUUUCCCUGCUUAAUGUAUAUGAAUAUAAAGAAGUAUUGAUUUCACACUGCCUCCCACCCUGACAGAAUGGGGUAACAGGAAGUUGUGAACUGAGAGCAGCCUUCUGACACCAAGAUGGUUUCCUCUCUAUCUGGGACUUGAACUCUGGUGCUCUCAUCAGUCAUCCUCUUGCCGAUUUCUUUUCAGUUUAUGAAAAUCUAUGAGUUUAUAAGCAUCCUCCCCAGUAGAUGGGUCUACAAAGUCCUUGGGAAGUCAGUAACUCAGGGACAGGGUUGAACUGUCACUUCACAGUUUGUUUACGUAAUGGAAAGCUGAAGAAUUAACUCAUACCAUUUUCAAAGAACAAGCUCUUAUUCUAUACAAGGAUGUGGAGAAUCAUCAGUACAAUGAAAAAAUGGUUGAGUAAAGUCAUGAGUGAUGAAAUCAGAACUCUUGAACAAUAGAAAGACUGCACUGAGGGUUUUACAUUUCAGAGAACUGUUUAUUGCUACCCAGUAUGUAUCCCUUGGGGCACUCCAAUUAAGCUUAGGAAAUACACUGUCCCCCAGGGAAUCGAUAGCUUCUUGACCUUUAGUGGUGACUUCGGGAAAUUCUGGUGCCAUAAGGGUAGCCGUGUUCUCAUCAUCCGACCACUGUAUUUCUUCUGCCUUAUUAUCACUGUUUGGCUGGGAACGUGUUGGCGGAGCUUCUCUUCCUGAAACCACCAGAGUUCCAUCAUCAAGUAAAUAAUCCUUCACAUUCUGAGGAGUGGAAGAAUGACACUCUUGAUGGAUUUACAUUAAAAAAGUACAGAAGUUUCCUGAAUAUAGAGUUCCCACAGACCCCAAAAUUGACAAGAAAAUAAUUCGAAUGGAGCAGGAAAAAGCCUUUAACAUGCUAAAGAAGAACUUGGUAGAUGCUGGCGGUGUUCUUAGGUGGUAUGUCCAGUUACCUACAAAGCAAGCUCAUCAGUAUCAUGAAUUAGAGACUUCCUGCCUCCCUUUGCCACCUUCUCCUUUUCCUAUGUGUUCUCUUGAAGAAGAGGAAACUGCAAUUAGGGAUGAGAAUUGUGCAUUACCCUCACGUCUACAUCCUCAAGUAGCACAUAAGAUUCAAGAAUUGGUGUCACAGGGAAUAGAACAAGUAUAUGCAGUAAGAAAACAGCUAAGAAAAUUUGUAGAAAGAGAACUAUUUAAACCUGAUGAGGUGCCUGAGAGACAUAAUUUAUCCUUUUUUCCAACUGUAAAUGAUAUUAAAAAUCACAUCCAUGAGGUACAGAAAUCCUUGAGAAAUGGAGAUAAUGUGUAUAACUCAGAGAUUAUUCCAGCAACGCUUCAGUGGACUACAGAUAAUGGGCAUAUUCUCAGAGAGACUGUGACAGUUACAUUUGCAGAAGGAAAUUCACCAGGGGAAUCAAUUAACACCAAAGUGGAAACAAAUCACACAACGGGUUCUUUGUCUCCAGAGCCAGCCCAUUUGCUUUCUUCACUUUCCUCAUUUCAACCAAAAAUAUUUACACAACUACAGGGUUUGCAGUUGCAACCAAGAUUCACUUCGCCUGAUGGAUCAACGGCUCCGAUAUCAGUAAAUAACCACCCUUCCUCCAGUCCUUCAAGACUCCUGGAUUCAUUAGAAAGUACUGUAAUGAGUAAUAAUUCUCUACUGCUUGGUCAAAGUCAUAGUCUUCAAACAGAUACAUGCCUUACCCCAAACAGUAGCAUUAUUACCUCUACCAUGGGUAGCCUUCCGGGACCAGAUCAAAAUCUGGCUGCAAUGGACCAGCUGGUGGAAGUUGGAGAUGUUGAGGAUACAGAGAAUAUGGAAGGAAGUGUUCAUCGGAUUCUUCUGGGAAAUGUGCAGACCAUCCCAAUACAGAUUAUAGAUAGCCACCCAGCUAUUAUUGAAGAAAAUCCAGAAGGUACCAUUUCUGUGAGCCAAGUUAAGCAAGAACCCAAAGAACCAGCAUUGUCUAUGGAAGCAAAAAAAAAUUUGGACUGUAAGAAAUUAUCUGCCACAUAAAUUAUUGAAGCUUUUCAGAAUUUACAACUUGGGUAACUUCUGAUGUCAUAAAAAAGAAGGUGAAUAUUGUCAAAGUGCAGCAAUGUGAUAAAUGGACUGAAGACUAGUUCAAUGAGCAACUUUGAUUUAAAACUGAUAUGUUUGUUGCCAAGUCCAUAUUUUUGGAAGCUAUUUUACUGCUCUCAUUUUGUAUAAUUCUUAUGCUUUUUGAUUAUCUGGUAAGGCCAGUAUUUCAAAAGAUCAUCUGAAUUUAUUCAUGACAAUAUAGUCUGAACACAAAUAGUUACCUAACUCAUCCCUUGGAAAUAUCCAAUUUGGGUUCUGAAAAGACAAAAACAACAACAAAAAAUAGUGUGUGAGUGUGUGUGUGUGUGUGACUGUAUGUGUGUGUGUGACUGUAUGUAUGUGUGUUGACUUUUUUUAAAGUUAUAAAGUAACUUAUUUCCUCUUUAAAGUUGUGAAGAAAUUCUUUACAUUAGCAGACAGGUGAGAGAUUAUUUGUAGUCUGUCGCAUUAGGAAAGAUAAAACAGUAGUAGAUUUGAAUCAUAACAUGAAGCCCAGCAUUCACAUCUGUGGAAACUAGUUGCAAUUUGGCUUCUUCCAUUAUAGUUUUUAUACCUGAAACUACAAACCAAUAGCAUACUAAUGGUCAUCUAAUAGAAAUUUAAAGUGUCUUGGUAAGUACUCAGAAUUUUAAUUUGAAUUAAUCAGAUAAGCAACAGAAAUAAAUGUAUAUUGCAUGGGUUUAUAUAGUAUUGUAGGUAAAGCACUACUUAUGGAUAGGAAAAUGUAGAAAUUGAGAGAAUUCAGAAAGAAUAAUAGACUUCCCCUGGUGUUUACAGAUGAUUUGGGGGACUUUUUGAUAUCAGCAGAGGAUUUUUUUUUCCUAUUUUGUAUUGAAGAUUCAGCUCUGGAUGGAAAAGAAUUUGAGUUGUAUUUAUUUUUCUAUGCCAGAGUUCUUACUGAAUUGGUGGUAUUAGAAUUUAUAGUAUUUCAAGGUAAGUAUUUGUAGUUAAAAAAUUAGUUCAUAUUUAAAACUUUAAAACAACUGUGUACAUAUGUUUGCUUGUUGAGUAAGUAUAUUUACUCCAAAUACUGAACAGGUACUAAUCACUAUAUUCAUUGUAAGCUUCUGUUUUCUGGAAGGUUGGUAAACUAGAAAUGUCAAUUAUAAAUGGUCAAGAAAUCAACGUAAAGGCUUUUUUCACCCCAGGAACCAUGUGUGGGUAUAUUUAAAAUUUUAUUUUAAAGUAAUAAGGAUUUCAAAUGGAUAUUAAUGUUUAAUAUUAAAUGCAUAUGAAAUAUAUGAAAUUUAACCUUAAUAUCUUACCAUUUUUGGCUUUUCUAAGUCCAGUCUCCCAUUCUUAAUUCACUUUAAUUGUUGCAGGUACACAGCAUGUAUCUAAGUAUAAAGUAUUGUUAUAUUAGAAGUCAGUGGAACUCUAAUAAAAAGACCUUGCUCUUUAGAUUUAUACCCUAUUUAAUAUAAAAUGUAUUAUUUAUACCCCUAUUAAUACAAAGUUAAUAUUCAAUUACAUAUAUGCUUUUUAGUUAGAAUGGCUAACUAUUCUAAGAUUUGAAAAUAUUUGAUGUCAGCAUUUUCACACAGGCUGCCAAAUCUGAUUAUGUUACUCUAAGUUAAACACAGCUCUUAGUUACCUCAAACCCAGAUUUCUCUUAGUCUGUGUGUACUUAAAGGGUAUAAGUCUAAAUUUAUAGUUUAGUAUUACAUUUUAGGUAAUAUUCUUUUCAUUUGUUAUUUCUAAUUUUUAUGGAAAUUGUUUUCAAGAUUUUAAGUAAUCUUCACUUUUCAUUAAUGGCAAUAGCUUAUUAAAUAUUUUACCAAUUGAACUAUAUUCCUUUGGAGACAUUCUUUUCUUUUUUGAUGUUGAGUUGUUAAGGAGAAAUGCUUGUUAAGAUACAAACUCUAGUGAGUUACCUAGGAUGUAACUAGAUGUUAGAGGAUUCAGACUUUGGCACUUGAUUAAGAACAAAACAUAGUUAAAAAAUAUUUCUCUCACUUCAUUCUAUGUGAAUGUCUCUUUCUGGUACUGAUUUUUGGUUUUGUUUUUUGUUUUUAUUUUUGUUUUUUAUGAGGACAGAAAGUCACAGUGCAUCCUCCUCACAAACAAAAAGCAAAAUUAAAAAAGAGCAUUGAAGGAAGGUUUAAGUCCCUAAUUGUAUACUCUUUUGGUUUUUAGGUAGAAACUGGAACUAUCAAUAUUUUCAUGUUAUUUUGGAGGUAUUUUAAAGGAGCCAGCAUUUGACGGUCUUGGAGGUCUUAUCAAAAUCUGGUCACCUUGGAAACAGCAUGCUUUUCUGAGGCCUUUGAGCCUCCUGCACAGGGUCUCUCCAAUGACAGUGGUGAGAGAACUCUGUAUGUUGCUGUGUUCCUGACAGGAAGAAUACAUGGGUCCAGUCACCAAGGACAGAAGCAGGAGUAGCCCCGAUGACAUUCCCCGAUGACAUGACUGGGAGAUUUUCUGCUUCCCAUCCUUUUAAUUCUGGACUCUGUAGGUCCUGGUCCCCAAAGGGAGCAUACUCUUGCCAGGGGGAACACAAAGUUUUUAUUCAACUAUAAGACAGCAGCUUUAUCUUAUAGAGCUGCUGUCAGUGCACUUUGAUGUCCCUGUAUCCAGGCACCAACAGGUAAGAAGAAGCAUCAAUAUACUGGCAGGGGUGAUCAACCCAGAUCAGCAGGAGGACGUAGAACAGGGAGACUGCAGGUGGAACCCAGAUGAUUCAUUUGGGCACCUUUUGGUAUUUCCAUGCCCCAUUGUAACUGUGAAUGGAUGCAUGCAGCAGUGUCAGCGUCAGAACAAUAUGAUUGCUCGAUUUGAGUCCUACUGAUGUGGGAAACAAAGGCAAAAGAAAAAUUAAAUUUCCUUAGUACCUACAGCCCAUUGACAAGUCCUUGAAACAAGCGGAGUGACAUUCCUCUAGGAACUCAGCUACCUCAAUGUUACACUUCGCUAAGGGCAAAAGGCAAUCUUAGCCUGACCCCCAGGAUCCUGUAAGUCUCCUCUAACAUAAAAAAAUUCCUUUGGAAACUUCAUCUCUACACCCCAAGAUAUAUGUUGGCAGUCAGAUAUACAUCUGAAGGGUCUCAUGACUAAGGUGUUAUUAGACAGUAAUAGAUGACCUUUUCCUAAUAAUAGCUUGCCCCCUCAAGGUUCUGGAAACCUUGCUUCCAAAAUUUCUUAGAGACUUACACUAUCCCUAACCCCCUCCCAACUUGAAAGUAUAUAAUCACCACUCCUCAUGACCCCAGUGCACCUCUUUCUGCCCACGGGUCCUGUCCCUGUGCAUUCAUAAAACCACCUUUUUGCACCAAAGACAUCUCAAGAGUUCUUUCUUGGCCGUCGGCCCCGAACCCUAACGUCUUUCCUACAUCAGUACCACCAGUAAACCUCCAAGACCUGGUGAGGUAAUAGCUGAGGGCGAGGGAAAUUAGAAUAACUACUGGAAGUGGGAGAGCAUGAACACCAGUUGUAACUCUAAAGAUCAACUCCAGUGUCAGAGGUUCCUUCUGAGUUUCCCCUCAGGAAGACAGACCCAGAAGAACCAUGGAACACUGGCACUCUGACCUGUGGGAAGAGAGAAAUCUGCUCAAGACAAGAGGUAGGCCACGGCAGCUAUGAAAAUGAGCCGCUCAGAGCUCCUGCUGCAGAUGGAGUAAUUGAGAAAUGGUCCCAGCUGCUGUGCUCUGGAUCUACCAUGGUGCUUGUGCAGAAGCUGUGCUUCCCACAGGCUGCUCCCAGGCAAUGGCUGAGAUGGCAGAAGUACAAAGAUGGUCCCAUUUCUGUGAGAAGGAGGACUCUUUGACUUGAGGUUUCCCCAUCAGCCUUGCAGACUUUACUCAAUACUAAUGAGGCCCUUGCAUUGAAGAACUGAAGUUAGAACCCCCAAACCUCAUAAAUAUCUCACCUUUGCCCUUCCUCCUCAGAGACACUGCUAAGAUCUGUCAAGGUAGUAUUCUCCUUACUGCAAUAAGCAAAAAACUUAGUUUUGCUUUAUCAACAGGUUAUUGUAGUGGUAUUUUUAGGGAGAUAGCACACAAUAGAUAAAAAGGAACCAUCAUUCAAAAAGCAGAGGGAAGAGCUUCACAGGUAGGAGGAACAGUAAAUGCAAAGGCCUUGAGGUGGAAAAAAGGUAUUAAAGGACAGAAAGGCCAAUGUGGUUUUAGCUUAGAAGCAAUAGAAAAGGUGGUAUGAGAUGAGGUCAGAAAAGUGCAGAAGGCCUUGGAGUCCAUGGUAAUUAUAGUAUCAAUAUCAUUCUCAGUAAAACAAAACCCAUUAGAGGAUUUUUAGUGGAGGAGUGAUAUACCUGGGUGUAUAUGUUGUAGAAGAAUGUAUUUUGGGGGACAUGAAUGGAAACGGGGACAACAAUUAGGAGGUUAUUGGAAUGGCACAGGUGAGAGCUUAGGUGAUUUGGAUCUAGAGUGAUAGUGAUACAGGAAGCAAAGAGAAAUGGACAAAUUAAGGAUAUAUUUUGGAGAUAGAAUCAUAAGGAUUUGCUGAUUGGUUGGCUGAUGGAGAGGACAUGUGGGGAUGCAUGUGAAGGGAAGGAAUGAAGAAUGACUCCUGCCAAGUUUUUAGCCUUGAGCAACUGUGUGAAUGGUAGUGAAUUCUACUGAGUUGAGGAAAACUGAGGGGAGGAAUAGAUUCAGAAAAGAAAAGCAAGAGCUAUUUUUUGGGCCUGGUUGGUUUUGACUUCCAAAUGGAAAUGUUAAGUAGGCAUUUGGAGUUAUAAGUAUAGAGGUCAGGAUUGGAGAUAAAUAUUUUUGUGAUCUCUCAACAUAUGGAUGGUAAUGAAAAACUAGAGAACAGAGAGAUCACCUGAGGAAAAAAAUGCAGAUAAAGAAGAGAAGAAAAACUGAGGGUUCUAGAUGGGAGGGGGGUGGGGGGAUGGGUUAGUCUGGUGAUGGGUAUUAAAGAGGGCACGUACGGAAUGGAGCACUGGGUGUUAUAUGCAAACAAUGAAUCAUGGAACACUACACCAAAAACUAAUGAUGUAAUGUAUGGUAAUUAACAUAACAUAAAAAAAAAAAGAGAGAAGAAUGCACAGGAUCUAGCCCUGAGGCCCUCCAACAUUUAGGUUAGUUAGAGAAGGAAAUACAUCUAAGAAGUUAAAAGGAACACCAAGAAUGCUUAAAACAGGUAAAUUGAGUCCACUUUGGAAUCUGUGAGGAAAUGUCGAGGCAGGAAGCAUCUCAGAUUAGAUUAGUUGCUAAUUAAAGCAAUCUCUUCAAUCCCUUAGUUAACAAAUACAUAUUCAGUAUAUACAAUGUAUUAUAACAGAGGUGUCCAAGAGACAUUACAAUAUAAGGUGGUAAGUCCAGUCUGAAUGGCCCUUAAUAAACCAUGUUUAUAUAUAACACUCCCCUACAAGUGAGGCAUAUCAGAUUUUUAGACUUGAUUAUAAAAAUAUUUCAGAAAAGUCUGUCUUUCUGCUCUCUAGUCUUUUUUUUUUUUUUAAAGAUUUUAUUUAUGAGUGAGAGAGUGCACAAGGCGGGGAGGGGCAGAGGGAGAGGGAGAGGCAGGCUCCCUGCUGACCCCAAGAUCAUGACCAUGACCAGAGCAGAAGGCAGACAACAACUGAGCCACCCAGGUGCUCCUGAUUUCUAGUCUUUUUUAAACCAACUACCUUAAGCUUUCAAUUUUUAUCUUCUUUAUACAUUAGUCAAUUUUUAAUUUAAUAAACAUUAAACUUUUUUACUUAUUUUGCUUUUACCUAAAAUAUGGUUAGGUGGCAGUAAUAAAUUCUGCCUUUAAAAAGAUGAUUAGAAUUAUAUAAAUAUAUUAACUAUCUUAAGAAGACCCUUCCUGUCUUUUCAGGUUUGAUUAAUAUUUGAAAAUACAUUGUAAUGCUUUGAUAUUCUUCAAAAAUAAUUUAACCAAAGGAUAUAGGAAAGAACAAAACAAAGCAAAAACAUCUAGCUUGUAGUAGCUAUAAAACAAUUUGUGGCUUUCAUAGUAACAGACUUCUGUAUCAGUUGCAUAAUAGUGAUUAUUUAUUCAUGGAGUCUUUUUAGUUCCAUGGAAACACUGAGAUCAUUUUAAUUUUUAAUUACACUAGAGUUUACAGUUCCAUAGAUUUUAACUCUGUAGUAGCAAGUACAGAAGCUAGAGCUUUACCCAUUUCCACUUUAAAAAAUAUAAAGGAGGAAGAGAGGGUUUAAAAUAAUCAUGAAUUUCAUUUAGUUACAACCUUUAGCUGUAUAAUUUCUCCUAAACCUGCCCUGCAAUUUUAUGUCCAAUUAAUUCUUCGAUUUUUGUCUCUACCCUUUGACUAAAAGUGUUUUCACAGGAAAUAACUGCAGUGUGAAAUUCAGCAAUGGGUGCUGUUAAGUAGUUUGUGAGAUAUCUAAAGUUGUUGUGAAGUAGUAGAAGCAGAGGACUAGAUCUGGCACUUAGCUGAAUUAUCUUAGGUGAAUCACUUUAUUUCUCUGGCCCUCGAUUUCUUCCUCUGCAACCUGAGGACUGAGGUUGAAUGAUAGAAUUCAAUGGUUCUCUGAAAUAGCUUGGCUAUGUGGUGCCCAGGACCUGUGGCAACUAUCCACAUGGGCCCUACAAAUAUGUUGAUAAUAUUUCUCAUGAUAGGAGUAUUUGUCAACAGGGACUGGAAGCAGAACAGUAAUAAAAAGCUAUUAAGUGGAAUAAUUUGUACACGAAGUAGGUCUGAUGAAGAUUUUAUAGAUACGAAAUCUUUUUUUUUAACCCCCUUUCUAAAUCAUUAAAUUUCCUGAUACAUAAGUUUUACAGGUUCGUUUCCUAUUUGAUCAAAGUGAUUUUCAGAGUGGAAACGAUGUUAUUGUAGUCGUUCUAAUUUAUUACUAGUUGUUGUUAAUCUCUUACUGUGCCUAGUCUAUAAAUUAAAAUUUAUUGUAGGUAUGUAUAGGAAAAGACGUGGUAUGUAUAGGGUUUAGUAUUAUCCAUGGUUUCAGGCAUCCAUUGAGGGUCUUGGAACAUUUCUCUCAUGGAUAAGAGAGGAUUACGGUAAUUUGUCUUCUUUAAACAUAAUUUGGAUCAUAUGCAGUUAUAAAUCCUACCUUUUUAAAAAAUGAACACUACAUUGUAUUAAAGGUUUCUUCAAAAUGUUUUUAAUUGAUGCAUAGUAUUGCAUAACAUGUUUUUCACAUCUAUUUUAUUCAUCCUCAGAUUGUUGAAAAUUUAGACAUUUUCAAUAUUUUUAAUGCCAAAUAUUUUUUGUAUAAAAGUCAGUUUUUGCGUCUCUGACUACUAUGUUUUUGGUUUGGAUUCCUACACAUAAAAUAACUGAACAGCAUAAGCAUUUUUACUCUUGGUAAUAUUAUCAAAUUUUUUUCCAUAAAUUAUUGUCUAUCUCAAAGUAAUUUUUGAUUGUGCAUUUAAUCACAUCCUCAUGAGAAUUAAAUAUGAUAAUUUAAAGACUUCUAAUUUGAAAUACCUUUUGUUCAGAUUAACAUUUUUUAUUAGUGAAGUGUUUUCAUAUCCACUAGCCCAUUUUUAUAUUGCAAUUCAGUUAAAAAAUCAAUUUCUGUUGGCCUUGUAUUUAAAAAAAAAAGGGAGCACCUGGGUGGCUCAGUCAUUAAGCGUCUGCCUUCGGCUCAGGUCUUGAUCCCGGGAUCCUGGGAUUGAGACCCGCAUCGGGCUCCCUGCUCUGCAGGAAGCCUGCUUCUCCCUCUCCUGCUCCCCCUGCUUGUGUUCCCUCUCUCGCUGUGUCUCUCUCUGUCAAAUAAAUAAAUAAAAUCUUUAAAAAAAUAAAAAUAAUAAAAAUUUAAAAAUUAAAAAAUGUUAAAAAAAUAUCUUUUUUUAUUUUUCAUUUUUAAAUUUUUUGUUGAGAUCUUUAAAUCAUUUGAUUUAUUAAAUCAAUGAAAAACAUUUAGGGAAAAGCAGUAGGAAAGAGAUGGGGAAAGUUAUCUCCCUUAGGAUAGGGUGUAAAUCAGUGGAAGAACUGCCCAGAUGUGAAUCCUGUGUUAUGUAAUGUUUGUAAAUCCUACCUUUCUCUCUGCAGUCCUUUGUUUAUUUUUUAAAAACAUGUUUAUGGGAUCAUUGUUUUUCUUUUAUUACUCGAGUAGAUCUCUAGUUGUAAAAGAUUCAAAUAUGGAAGCAUACAUAGGAAAUUACUUCCUCCCUGACACACUUCCUUAUAGAUAACCAUUAUCAACAGCAUUUUAGAGUAUAGUAUUCCUAUUCUUAUUCUACUAAUAUGUACAUAUCUCCAUAUUCUUUAAGUAUGUAUAUGUAAAUAUACAUGGAUAUAUAUAUAAAUGUAAAUGGAUCAUAUAAUACCUACUAUUCAGAAUCUUAGUUUCUUUACCUAAUAGUAUGUCGUCAAGAGCUUCCUUUUUCUCCCUACAAUGUAAGAAGCAUCCUUUCCCUCAUUAUAUACAUGACACAUGACACAUGAUCAUAAUAAAAAAUUUGAUUAAGAUAUGAAAGAUGUUUUUAAAAUAGUAAAAAUCACCUGAAAUCAGUCCAGAGAUAACCACCAUUAAUAUUUUGGCAAUCAUUCUUUCAUGCAUCUCUUAAUAGAUCUUAAGUAAUUAAUGUUUAUUCUGAUACCAACUGGUAUACUGCAAUUCAGUUCUGGCAUUAACCACCCAAAGUUAGCACAGACCACACAAAUUUAAAGACAUGGUCUCCAACAAGACUGCCCCUACUUCAGAUACCAGUCAAAAGUGGAGUCCCCUGGCCCCUGCAUGUCCAGCUGCCUACAAAUCUGGGACAAUCCCAUGACCCCUGAAGGUUUGAUAAUUUGCUGGAAUGACUGAGAACUAUACUUAACAGGGCGCCUGGGUGGCUCAGUUGGUUAGGUGACUGCCUUCGGCUCAGGUUCUGAUCCUGGAGUCCCGGGAUCAAGUCCCGCAUCAGGCUCCCUGCUCAGCAGGGAGUCUGCUUCUCCCCCUGACCCUCCCCCCUUUCAUGCUGUCUCUAUCUCAUUCUCUCUCUCAAAUAAAUAAAAUCUUUGAAAAAGAAUAACUAUACUUAACAAUCACAGUUUAUUAGAAGAAUACAAGACAGAAACAGCCUAAUAAGAGACAUUUAAUGUGAGGUCUGGGAGAGUCCUGAAUGCAGAGGUUCCCAUACUUUUUUCCUCAUGGAAUCAGGGCACUUCACCCUCCCAUCAUAUCAAUGUGCUCACUGACCAGGAAGGACCACUGAGCUUCAUGACUUUAGCUUUUAUUGGAGUUUCAUUACAUAGACACAAUUGAUUAAAUCAUUGGCCUGUGAUGGAACUCAUUCUCCAGCCCCCUCCUUUUCCCAGAGGUCAGGAGGUUGAGUUGAUAUCAUAUGACUCAAAGCCCCAGACUUCUAAUCACAUGGUUGGUCUUUCAGGCAUGACCAGCUAUCCUGAACUAUCCUGAAGGUAUCUAGGGCCCACCAUGAGUAACCUCAUUUGCAUAAAUUCAGAUGUGAUCUAAAGGGCUCAUGAAUAAUAGAGACAUUCCUUUUACCUGGGAAAUUCUAGGAACUUAGUUUACUCCCAGGAACCAAAGACAAAGGUGAGUUAAAUCUUUAUUAUACAGAAGUGUCAUAUAUAGUUUGUUUUUUAUUGUAGAUGCCUAUUUUUAUCUCUGAUUUCUUACUGUGUCUGUAUAUUAGUUCUAUCUCAUCUUUUCCCCAAGGCUACAGUAUGAAACUUAACAUGUUUUAUAUUUUAAUGUAUUAACUCUGUCUAUAAAUAGUUCUUUUUCUCAUUUUCUAGUUUGCCCUUUAAUUUGGUAAUUAAAAUGCUUAGUCCUAUGCCUAGUCCUUCUCCUUUAGACAGUAAAUAAAUAUCUUAUAGCUUUUAAGUCUUUUUUUCCCCCAUAUAUUGAACUUAUUUCGGUACAGAGUGCAGGUAAAAUUUAAAUGGAGUUUUGUUUUGUUUUGUUUUGUUUUUAAGUAACCAAUUGUCCCAACACAAUGAAUUUUCAUUUUUCAGAUUCACCUUUGCCAGGAGUGGGUGAGUUGUAAGGAAUUAGGGGUUUGAUAUGUUGUGAGGAAGGUAUUAUUAUCCCCAUUUUUUAGAUGAAGACACUGAGAUUCAAAGUGGUUAAAUAAUUUCCCCCAGUUUAUCUGGAAAGGACAGAAUUGUCUAUCUGAAUCUGAAGCCUAAAAAACACAUUUAUUAAAUACAUUUUUUUGAAAAGGGCAUUUAAUAACCAACAUUGGAGUCACACGUAAGUACCAAAUGACUUAGUGGGUACGUAAGAUUAUAAAAUAAUUUGUUCUGAUAUGAAGAUUGAAAAUUGAGCAGAACAUAGGUGAAAAUCUAGUCAUGACAGUGGAAAAUUACAUUAAGCAUAAAUCUGGAUCUCCAAACACAAAAUAAAUUUCCAUUGUGUGGAUCAAUUUAAAUUAAUACUCUACUUGUUACUGAGUCAUACAGAAAUGACUAAAAAUGUUCACCAAAUUUUGGGAGUAUGUUUAUAAUGGUUCAACUGGUAAGUUUUGUGAUGCACAUACUAAGAAAAUUCAUGUGAAGAAGUCCAAAGAGGCAUAUUAAAGAAAUAGCGAUCUUCCUGAGCCGCUCAAAUUCAGAGACACCUGCAUUAUAGAGGACUAUUCAAAGACACGUGCUGUACAUUGAGACAGAAAGUGAUUAAGUCCCAAAUUGAAGGUCACAAGAGAUGUUGAUUUGUCAUCAAGUUACUUCACAAAAGCAACUCCUUGUACUGUACUUUAGGGUGAACAGCACAGACUCAUUUGCUUAAUGAUGGUUAUGAUGGGUGAUAAAUUUCAGGAGGGCCAGCUAGUUGGUAAAAACAGUUUAGUGGAAAGUAUCCCUUUUUUUCUCUUCGCAAGUCUGUGUUGGGGCAUACUGAGAAACAUUUAUACUUAAAAACUAGAAUGUUAAAAUGAAAAGAAGGAGCAAAAUAAUUCAGAUCGCUGGAGAUAAACCAAGUGGUUAAAAUUUCAUAGAUACAAAGCAAGUGGAGAAGAUGCCAUUUUGUGAAAUAUUGCAUCAGCCUUCACUAUAUUUAUAUAGUAAUACAUUUACUUUUAUUUUUAAAGUAGGCUCCAUGCCCACAGUGGGACUUAAACUUAUGAUCCUGAGAUCAAGAGUCACAUGCUCUAUGGACUGAGCCAGCCAGGCACCCCAUAAUAUAUUUACUAUUAAAUAUAUUACUACAUAUAUUAUAAAAAUUGACUACUACUGCAUGCAUUAUAAAUAUCUGUAGACUCUGACUUCCUACAGUAAUCUUCCCUUUAGAUACUAUUGUAUUGGGUUAAUGGCUUUAUAGUAAUAAUAAUAUUAACAACAAUAAAAAUAACACUUUGAGAAAUGUAUAGUUUGUAGAAAAAUCUGUAAUAUAUACAAUAUCUCAUUUGCUCUUUAUAUUUCCCUCAUGGGAUAGGAUUUGUUAUUCACUUUAUUUCUAUUUGCACAUAUUGCCUAACGUCACAAAAUUUCUGUGCUAGAACCAAGUAGUCUUUUCUUAUUUUAUAGCUGAGGACACCAAAUAAUAGGGAAUAAGUGACAUGUUUAUUACAUGCAAAAUCAUUUGGAGCUGAAAUUAUUUAGACAUAAUCAUUUGGAAGUAGUCUUCUUAUACUUAGCUGAGUAAUUUUAAAAUUUGAGAUUAGAUAAGCCACAACUAUUAAAUCUUAGAAUUUUUAAAUUUCCUAUUUUCUUUAGCUUUGCAAUAAUUCUGCUCACAAUGCAGGACUGAAGCAUUUAUUUUAUAGAGAAAAUGAGCAGAAAUUAACUAAGUCACUUGUCAUGAAACAGGAAUUAUAUUCAUUUAUGAAGAAUUGUGUGGACCUUGUAUGUAGAUAUUAAAUGCACAGCAAGUGACAAUAUGUUUAAUCAUUUGUUCUUUUAGUAAUGUAUAUUGAACUUACAGUGCAAGCCCUAAUGUUUCAAAGGUCAUUUAAAAGGAAAAAUAUUGGGGCACCUGGGUGGCUCAGUUGGUUAAGCAUCUGACUCUUGGUUUUGCUCAGGUCAUGAUCUCAGGGUCCACGCUUGGAGUCUGCUGAAGAUUCUCUCCCUCUUCCCCUCCCUCCCCCUCUGCCCCCCCACUCCCCCUCUUGCAUUCUCCUCCUCCCUCUCUCUCUAAAAUAAAUAAAAUCUUUUUUUAAAAAAGAAAAUCCUUUAAAAAGAGAAAUAAAAGGAAAAAUAUUAUGAUUUGCUACCUAGCAUCAUGCACUUUCUUUUUAACUUGCUUGCCCUAUCCUUCCCCAAGUUAUACAGCAUUCAGACUAUAAGUAAUAGUGGAUCAUAAAGCCAUUGUUUAUUUUGUUAGAGUAGGCAAUUAGGUUCUAGCAAGAGGCCUAGAGGCCACCAAAGAAGAAGUCAUGGCCAGCUAUCUGGAAAGUCAGAGCCUGUCCUAGCAGCACUCCACAAGAAGCCGGAUCAGAUGAGACAGAUCCAAGAUGACAGGGGCCAUGACAAGAAACCCCUGACCAACUAAGGAGGAAAAGGCUCCAAACCCUGCUUCUAAGAAAUCCUUGCCUUGAGUAAUGAGUAUGCCACCCCCUUGUCAACAACUGUCACUAAAAGAUAGAAACCCAAACUCAAGAAUCACAGCUCCCAUGCUUGCUCUUUCUUUUUCAUUCUCACUCUUGCUCUCUUUUUUAAUUCCAGUAUAGUUGACAUACAGGGUUAUAUUAUUUUCAGGUGUACAAUGUAGUGAUUCAAAAAUUCUAUACAUUACUCAGUGCUCAUCAUGAUAAGUGUACUCUUAAUCCUCCUCACCUACUUCACCCAUCCCCCCCACCUCCCUCCCCUCUGGUAACCACCAUUUUCUUCUCUAUAGUUAACAGUCUGUUUCUUGGUUUGUCUCUUUUUUCCCCUUUGUUUGAUUUAUUUCUUAAAUUUUACGUAUGAGUGAAAUCAUAUGGUAUUUGUCUUUGACUUAUUUCGCUUAGCAUUAUACUCUCUAGCUCUAUCCAUGUUGUUGCAAAUGGCAAGAUUUCAUUCUUUUUGAUGACUAAUAUAUAUAUAUAUAUAUAUAAAGGGCUGGUAUAUAUAUAUAUAUUUUUUUUUUCCCUUCUUUUUCCAUUCAUCGGUUGAUGGACAUCUGGGCUGUUUCCAUAAUUUGGCUAUUGUUGAUAAUGCUGCUAUAAACAUCAGGGUGCAUGUAUGCCUUUGAAUCAGCAUUUUUGCAUCCUUUGGGUAAAUACCUAGUAGUGUAACUGCUGGAUCAUAGGAUAGUUCUAUUUUUAGCUUUUUGAGGAAUCUCCAUACUGUUCUCCAGAAUGUCUGUACCAGUUUGCAUUCCCUCCACGGUGCAAGAGGGUUUCCCUUUCUCUGCAUCCUUGCUAACACUGUUGUUUCUGUGUUGUUGAUUUUAGCCCUUCUGACAGGUGUGAAGUGAUAUCUCAUUGUAGUUUUGAUUUGCAUUUUCCUGAUGAUGAGUGAUGUUGAGCAUCUCUUCAUGUGUCUUUUGUCCAUUUGUAUUUCUUUGGAGAAAUGUCUGUUCAUGUCUUCUACCCAUUUUUAAUUGGGUUAUUUUUUUUAGGUGUUGAGUUGUAUAAGUUCUUUAUAUAUUUUGGACACUAACCCUUUAUUUGAUAGGUCAUUUGCUAAUAUCUUCUCCCAUUCUAUAGGUUUCCUUUUGUUGACUGUUUCCUUUGCUGUGCAAAAAGAAGCUCUUUAUUUUGAUGUAGUCCCAACAGUUUUGUUUUGUUUUGUUUGCUUUUGUUUCCCUUGUCUCAGGAGAUGUAUGUAGAAAGAUAUUGCUAUGGUUGAUGUCAGAGAAAUUACUGACUGUGCUCUUUCUUCUAGGAUUUUUAUGGUUUCAGGUUUCACAUUUAGGUCUUUACUCCAUUUUGAGUUUAUUUUUGUCUAUGAUGUAAGGAAGUGGUCCUGUUUCUUUCUUUUGCAUGUAGCUGUCCAGUUUUCCCAAUACCAUUUGUUGAAGAGAUUGUCCUUUUACCAUUGGAUAUCCUUUCCUACUUUGUCAAAGAUUAAUUGACCAUAAUGUUGUGGGUUUAUUUCUGGGUUUUCUAUUCCAUUCCAUUGAUCUAUGUGUCUAUUUGUGUGCCAGUACCAUGCUGUUUUGAUUACUACAGCUUUGUAAUAUAACUUGAAAUCCGGAAUUGUGAUGCUCCGAGCUUUGGUUUUCUUUUCCAAAAUUGCUUGGGCUCUUCAGGAUCUUUUGUGGUUCCAUACAAAUUUUAGGAUUGUUCAUUCUAGUUCUGUGAAAAAUACUGUUGUUAUUUUGAUAGGAAUGUUUAAAUUUGUAGAUUGCCUUGGGUAGUAAUGACAUUUUAACAAUAUUUGUUCUUCCAAUCCAUGAGCAUGGAUUGUCUUUCCAUUUCUUUGUGUUAUCUUCAAUUUCUUUCAUCAGUGUUUUAUAGUUUUCAGAGUACAGGUCUUUCACCUUUUUGGUUAGGUUUAUUCUUAGGUAUCUUAUUAUUUUUGGUGCAAUUGUAAAUGGGAUUGUUUUCUUAAUUUCUCUUUCUGCUGCUUCAUUAUUGGUGUAUAGAAAUGCAACAGACUUCUGUACAUUGAUUUUAUUUCUUGCAAUUUUACUGAAUUCAUUUAUCAGUUCUUACAGUUCUUUUGGUGGAGUCUUUAAGUUUUCUAUAUAUAGUAUCAUGUCAUCUGCAAUAGUGAAUGUUUUGCGUCUUCCUUAAUGAUUUGGGGCCUUUUAUUUCUUUCUGUUGUCUGAUGGCUGUGGCUAGGAUUUCCAGUACUAUGUUGAAUAAAAUGAUGAGAGUGGACUUCUCUGUCUUGUUCCUAACCAUAGGGGAAAAGUUCUCAGUUUUUCCCCAUUGAGUUUGAUGUUAGCUGUGGGUUUUUCAUACAAGGCCUUUAUUAUGUUGAGGUAUAUUCCUUUUACACCUACUUUGUCGAAGAUUUUUAUCAUGAAUGGAAGUUGUACUUUGUCAGAUGCUUUUUCUGCAUCUAUAGAAGUGAUCAUAUGGUUUUUAUCCUUUUUCUUAUUGACGUACUAUAUCUCACUGAUUUAUUUGGGAAUACUGAACCACAGUUGCAUCCCAGGAAUAAAUUCCAUGUGAUGAUGGUGGAUGAUUAUUUUAAUGUUUUGUUGGACUUGGUUUGCUAGUACUUUGUUGAGGAUUUUUAUAUAUAUGUUCAUCAGAGAUACUGCCCUGUAGUUCUCUUUUUUUGUGGUGUCUUUAUCUGGUUUUCGUGUCAGGGUGAUAGUGUACUCAGAGAAUGAGUUUGGAGGUUUCCUUUCCUCUUCUGUUUUUUGCAAUAGUUUGAGAAGAAUGGAUAUUAACUCUUCUUUAAAUGUUUGGUAGAAUUUGUGAAGACAUCUGGUCCUGAAUUUUUGUUUUGGGGGAGUUUUUUUGAUUACUAAUGCAAUUUCAUUGCUGGUAAUCUGUGUGUUCAAAUUUUCUAUUCUUCCUGAUUCAGUUUUGGGAAGUUAUAUGUUUCUAGGAAUUUAUCCAUUUCUUCUAGGUUGUCCAAUUUGUUGGCAUAUAAUUUUUCAUAAUAUUCUCUUAUAAUUAUUUGUAUUUCCUUGGUGUUAGUUGUUAUUUCUCCUUUCAUUUGUGAUUUUGUUCUCUUUCCCUCUCUCUCCCUUUCUCAAGCUCAUCUGCUCUUACAUCUCAAGAGUAUACUUUCACUUUAAUAAACUUUCCUGCAUGUGUUCCUCCUUUGCUGUCCUGUGUCUGUCCUUGAAUUCUUUCUUGUGAUGAGAACAAGAACCUUCAGCAACCUCUUUGGGAUGGGCUGGGUCGAGGCCCCAGGGUCUGGGGUCUCCCAAGUUCACUUGGCAACAAUUUAAAUUCCAUUUACUUUACCUGGUUCCAAAAUAUGAUAAUAGAUAACAUUUAUUGAGUGCCAGAUGCUUUAUAUUCAUCAGUUAAUCCUCACACCUGGCCUGGGUAUUAUUAUCCCAACUUUAUGGAAGAAAAACAGGUAGAUUAAGUACCUUGCCCAAGAUUAUACAUAGCUAGGAAGCCAAGAAUCAAAUAUCUAAACCCAAUACUUUUUUAUUCCAAAGUCUGUGUUACAAUCAGAUUUAACUCUAAACAAUUUGUGAACUAUUAAAUUCACCAUAUGGAAGAGUAUACUCCUGCCAACCUAGAGUCUAUAAAUUAAAAGAUAAGGGACUGUAGGAUAUGCAUUAAUAUAUUAAUUGUGGUUUUAACUUGCAUUUCCUUAAGUGCAAUGAGUUUGAGUACCUUUUUUUUUUUUUUUUAAGAUUUUAUUUAUUUGUGAGAGAGAGAAUGAGAGACAGAGAGCAUGAGAGGGAGGAGGGUCAGAGGGAGAAGCAGACUCUCCACUGAGCAGGGAGCCCGAUGCGGGACUCGAUCCCGGGACUCCAGGAUCAUGACCUGAGCCGAAGGCAGUCGCCCAACCGACUGAGCCACCCAGGCGCCCUGAGUACCUUUUCAAUAUAUGUUCACCAUUUGUAUUUCCCUUCCUGUGAAUGGCCAAUCCAAAUAUUUUGCUCAUUUAUUAUUAUUUUUUUUAUUUUUAUUUUUUAAAAAGAUUUUAUUUAUUUUUUAGAGAGCGAGCGAGAGAGAAACAGCAUGAGAGGGGAGAGGGUCAGAGGGAGAAGCAGGCUCCCCGCUGAGCCGGGAGCCCGAUGUGGGACUCGAUCCCAGGACCCCGGGAUCAUGACCUGAGCCGAAGGCAGACGCUCAACCAUCUGAGCCACCCAGGCGCCCUAUUUUGCUCAUUUAAAAACUUAGUUUCUUCUCAAGAAACAAGAAAGGUCUCAAAUACACAACCUAACCUUACACCUAAAGGAGCUAGAGAAAGAACAGCAAAUAAAGCCUAAACCCAGCAGGAGAAGAGAAUUACUGAAGAUUAGAGCAGAAAUCAAUGAAAUAGAAACCAAAAGAACAGUAGAACAGAUUAACGAAAUUAGGAGCUGGUUCUUUGAAAGAAUUAGUAAGAUCAAUAAACCCCUGGCCAGACUUAUCAAAAAGAAAAGAGAAAGGACCCAAAUAAAUAAAAUCAUGAAUGAAAGAGGAAAGAUCACAACCAACACCGAAGAAAUAAAAUUAUAAGAACAUAUUAUGGGCAACUAUAUGCCAACAAAUUAGAUAAUCUGGAAGAAAUGAAUGCAUUCCUAGAGACAUAUGAACCAGCAAAACUGAACCAGGAAGAAACAGAACACCUGAACAGACUCACAGCCAGCAAGGAAAUUGAAGUAGUAAUAAAAAAUCUCCUAACAAACAAGAGUCCAGGGCCAGAUGGCUUCCCAGGGGAAUUCUACCAAACAUUUAAAGAAGAAUUAAUACCAUUCUUCUGAAGUGGUUUCAAAAAAAAGGAAAGAAAGAAAGAAAUGGAAGGAAAACUUCCAAACUCUUUCUAGAGGCCAGCAUUACCUUGAUUGACCCGAAACCAGACAAAGACCCCACCAAAAGGGAGAUUUACAGACUAAUAUCCCUGAUGAACAUGGAUGCAAAAAUUCUCACCAAGAUACAAGCCAAUAGGAUCCAACAGUACAUUAAAAGGAUUAUUCACCACGACCAAGUGGGAUUUAUUCCUGGGCUUCAAGGGUGGUUCAACAUCUGCAAAUCAAUCAAUGUGAUACACUACAUUAAUAAAAGAAAGGACAAGAACCAUAUGAUCCUCUCAAUAGAUGCAGAAAAAACAUUUGACAAAGUACAGCAUUUUUUCUUGAUUAAAAAUCUUCAAAGUGUAGAGAUAGAGGGAACAUACCUCCAUAUUAUAAAAGCCAUAUACAAAAAGCCCACAGCAAAUAUCAUUCUCGAUGGCAAAAAAACUGAGAGCUUUUCCCCUAAGGUCAGGAACAUGACAGGGAUGUCUAUUAUCAUCACUGUUGUUCAACAUAGUACUAGAAGUCCUAGCCUCAGCAAUCAGACAACAAAAAGAAAGAAAAAAAAUCCAAAUCGAGAAAGAAGUCAAACUCUCACUCUUCGCAGAUGACAAACUCUCACUCUUCCACUCUAUGUGGAAAACCCAAAAGAUUCCACCCCAAAAUUGCUAGAACUCAUACAGGAAUUCAGCGAAGUGGCAGGAUAUAAAAUCAAUGCACAGAAAUAAAUUGGAUUUCUAUGCACUAACAAUGAGACAGAAGAAAGAGAAAUUAAGGAGUCAACCCCAUUUACAACUGCACCCCAAACCAUAAGAUACCUAGGAAUAAACCAAACCAAAGAGGCAAAGGAUCUGUACUCAGAAAACUAUAGAACAUUCAUGAAAGAAAUUGAGGAAGACACAAAGAAGUAGAAAAACAUUCCAUGCUCAUGGAUUGAAGAACAAAUAACACUAAAUGUAGGUAACAUAGGCUACCUAGAGCAAUCUACACCUUCAAUACAAUCCCUAUCAAAAUACCAUCCACUCUUUUCACAGAGCUGGACAAAUAAUCCUAACAUAUGUAUGAAACCAGAAAAGACCCCAAAUAGCCAAAGGAAUGUUGAAAAAGAAAAGCAAAGCUGGUGGCAUCAAAAUUCCAGACUUCAAGCUUUAUUACAAAGCUGUAAUCAUCAAGACAGUAUGGUACUGGCACAAAAAUAGACACAUAGAUCAGUGGAAUAGAAUAGAGAACCCGGAAAUGGACCCUCAAUUCUAUGGUCAACUAAUCUUUGACAAAGCAAGAAAGAAUAUCCAAUGGAAAAAGACAGUCUCUUCAAGAAGUGAUUUUGGGAAAAUUGGACAGCCACAUGCAGAAGAAUGAGGCUGGACUGUUUCUUUACACCAUACACACAAAUAGACUCAAAAUGGAGAACAGACCUAAAUGUGAGACAGGAAUCCAUCAGAAUCCUAGAGGAGAACACGGGCAGCAACCUCUGUGACCUCGGCCACAGCAAUUUCUUGCUGGACACAUAGCCAAAGGCGAGGGAAACAAAGGCAAAAAAUGAACUGUUGGGACUUCAUCAAUAUAAAAAGCUUUUGCACAGCAAAGAAACAGUCAACAAAGCCAAAAGACAACCAACAGAAUGGGAGAAGAUAUUUGCAAAUGUCUUAUCAGAUAAAGGGUUAGUAUCCAAAAUCUAUAAAGAACUUAUCAAACUCAGCACCCGAAGAACAACUAAUCCAAUCAAGAAAUGGGCAGAAGACAUGAACAUUUCUCCAAAGAAGACAUACAAAUGGCCAACAGACACAUGAAAAAUUGCUCAACAUCACUUGGCAUCAGGGAAAUACAAAUCAAAACCACAAUGAGAUACCACCUCACACCAGUCAGAAGGGCUAAAAUUGACAAGUCAGGAAACAACAGAUGUUGGCGAGGAUGCGGAGAAAGGGGAACCCUCCUACACUGUUGGUGGGAAUGCAAGCUGGUGCAGCCAUGCUGGAAAAUAAUAUGCAAGUUCCUCAAAUAGUUGAAAAUAAAGCUACCCUACAACCCAGCAAUUGCACUAGUAGGUAUUUACCCCAAAGAUACAAAUGUAGUGAUUCGAAGGGGCACCUGCACCCCAAUGUUCAUAGCAGUAAUGUCCACAAUAGCUAAACUAUGGAAAGAGUCCAGAUGAAUGGAUUGACAGAUGAAUGGGUAAAGAUGUGGUGUACACACACACACACACACAAACAAUGGGAUACUACUCAGCUAUCAAAAAACGAAAUCUUGCCAUUUGCAACGAAAUGGAACUAGAGGGUAUUAUACUAAGCAAAAUAAGGCAGUUGUAAAGAUUAUCAUAUGAUCUCACUGAUAAUGUGGAAUUUAAGAAACAGAAGAUCACAGGGGAAGAGAGGGAAAAAUAGACAAAAUCAGAGAGGGAAACAAACCAUAAGAGACUCUUAAUCCUAGGAAACAGACUGAGGGUUGCUGGAGGAGAGAGGGAUGGGGGGAUGGGGUAACUGGAUGAUACACUAUAUGUUAAUUAAUUGAAUUUAAAUAAAAAUUUUUUAAUUUUUAUUUAUUUGACAGAGAUAACAAGAGCAGGAACACAAGCAGGGGGAGUGGGAGAGGGAGAAGCAGGCUUCCCCUGGAGCAGGGAGCCCGAUGUGGGUCUUGAUCCCAGGACCCUGGGAUCAUGACCUGAGCCAAAGGCAGACACUUAACAACUGAGCCACCCAGGUGCCCCAAAAAAUAAAUCUUAUAAAUAAAAUUUAUAAAAUAAAUCUUAUAAAAAAGUAAAAAAACCCUUAGUUUCUAUUACUUUUUUAUUAGAAUUCUAUAUAUAUUCAAAAUAAGAGUGUUUUAUUAAAAAUAUAUGUUGCAAAUGUAUUUUCCCAUUCCAGGGUGUCUUUUUUUUUUUUUUUAAAGAUUUUAUUUAUUUGACAGAGAGACACAGUGAGAGAGGGAACACAAGCAGGGGGAAUGGGAGAGGGAGAAGCAGGCUUCCCGCGGAGCAGGGAGCCCGAUGCGGGGCUCGAUCCCAGGACCCUGGGACCAUGACCUGAGCUGAAGGCAGACACUUAACAACUGAGGCACCCAGGCGCCCCAUCCAGGGUUUCUUUUUGCUCUGUCUGUGGUGCUUCGGAGGAAUACGCUUUUUAAAUUUUAAUGUAGUUAAUGUUAUCAGUUUUUUCCCUUAUGGCUAGUGCUUUGUUUCUUUUUUAAGAAAUCACUGUGGGGAAGUCUAAACUGGCUCAUGCAGACAGACCACAUUUAACAGUUUUUUAUGUUGACAGUCCAGCUAAAGUUCCAAGCCAACAGCCAGCAUCCAGCACUAGCCAUGUAACUGAAGAUGUCUCCAGAUUAUUUCAGCCCUCAGCCAUUGAGUCAUUCCCAGCCUUUGAGCUUUCCAGCCAAAGCCCCAGACAUGAUAGAGCAGAGCCUAGUUAUCUCUUCUGUGCUCUGCCCACAUCCCUGGUCCAUAAUCUGUGAGUACAAUAAAAUAGUUGUUUUAUGCCAUUAAGUUUUUUUUAUGCAUAGCAUAAUUGUAUUUUGUUAAAAAUUAUACUUGCAUCAUUGAAUAAAUUAAGAAAAAUGGGGGGAAAUGCACACUGAGUUGUCAUGGUUGUCUCCUGGAUCACGCGUAUUUACAAAUAAUGACACAAAGUUGGCUAAAAGGAAGAGAAAUUUUACUCAAAUUUGAAGAUAUCUGAUGAUCUUUCCAAAUAUUUAUUUUUUAUUUAAUUUAUUUAAACAAAAACAACAACAGUUCAUCCAUUUCUCCCACCCUUCAACCCCUGUCUCUGGCAACCACCAGUCCAUCCUCUGUAUCUAUGAGCUUGGUUUUUGUUUUUAUUUUUUUAAGAUUUUAUUUAUUUAUUUGACAGAGACACAGCAAGAGAGAGAACACAAGCAGGGGGAGUGGGAGAGGGAGAAGCAGGCCUCCCGCUGAGCAGGGACCCCGAUGUGGGGCUCGAUCCCAGGAUCCUGGGAUCAUGACCUGAGCCAAAGGCAGACGCUUAAUGACUGAGCCACCCAGGUGCCCCUAUGAGCUUGGUUUUUAUUUAUUUAAAAAAUAUAUAUAUUUAGAUUCCACAUAUAAGAGAGAUCCUGCAGUGUUUCUCUUUUUCUUGUUUCUCUGAGCACAAUGCCUUUGAGGGACACCACUAAGUUUUAAAAUUGUUAUAUAAGAAUUAUAGAAUAAAAAGACCAGGGGAACCUUUUAAAAGAAUGUGAUAGGUGCAAGUUAAUAGUUUUAGUCUCUGGAGAUAGUAAGAGAAUCGAACAAACCAUGUGCAGUCAUCCUGAUGACAUUGGGAAUAGGGUAGUAUGGCAGACUGCAAGUUGUUCUCCCCAAAUCCAUUUUUAUAGUAUUAGCUAGGCAUAUGGAUUCCUAGUGUGAAAUAGUAUUUCCCAUUAUCCUUUCCAGCUGGAUGUAGGUGUUGACUAAGGUCUUGCUCAUGGAAUAUGAGAAGGGAGAGCAACUUCUAUAUUAUCUAAAAGGAAUUGGCCCUUCAUUUCCACUUUCUCCUCCUUCCUAUAAGCUAGUUAAUAAGGACAACAUCCUGGGGUUUGGAAGAGCAAUGAGAAGGGGAGAGCUAGGAUCCUUGACUCUUUGUGGAAUGAAGUUGCCCUAUUACCUGGACAGGUUUUCCUACCUUAAGACUGUUAAAAUGCUUAAAAAUUCCUGUCUUAUUUAACCCAUUGCUUUUUAUAUCUGUGUUACAUUAGUCUACUCCCAGCCCCCACCCCCACCCCUUAACUUAAACAGGUAGUUAAGAAUAGGAGUGGAGAGACAGAAAGAAAAUAGGAUUCCCAGGAGCACAGCCUAGGAAGUUGGCAAGAUUGGAAAUUAUCAAGACAUCCCUUUAAAGCAAAAUCUGUAAAGGGGGUAUUGGGAAUCUAAAAGGGAAAUGAAGUUGCUGUCUUUAAUCAUAUGCUGACUCAGCUGGUCAGUUACUGGUCACUCAGGUCUCUGGAAUUUAUAAUCACUUCUAUAACCUCUAUUUUUUAAUAGCUAUUACAGCUGACUGAUGAGAAAUAAAAUUUAUAAUGCAUAAAAUAUUACACAAAAUGUCCUAAUUUGGCUUUUAGAAUUUCUUGCCUUUUUUUCCAUAUCCUAGUCAAGUGGAAUAAUUGCACCCCUCUCUCUCUUUAAUGAUAAGCUAUACAUAAGGUAAAGUUUACCAUUUUAACUAUUUUUAAGUGUAAGUUCAUUACCAUUCAUUAUAUUCACACUAUUGUGCAACCAUCACCACUAUCCAUCUCCAGAACUUUUUCAUCAUCUCUAAUUUUAACUCUAUAACCAUUAAAAAAUAACUCCCCAUCCUACACCACCCUAAGUGGUUCUCUUUUUUUGUAAUAAAAUAUCAAAUAAAACAUCAGAAAACCUUUAAUGAAACUGAGUGGUUAACUGCAAACAGUAAGAAGAUAUAAUUAGGAAAGUAGACUUUUGUAUGCCAUUUCUAUUUGUGAAAUUAUUCAGAUGAGAAUAUAUUCUUUACAGAGGCUGCUUGAUUUCUCAUCUAGAAACCUAAAAACUAAAAUGAAAAUUUUUUUCUUUAAUUUUCUAUUCUUCCUCUUAAUUUGUACUGAAACAAGCUUUUGUUUCAUUCAUACUUAUUUCUUUAGGGCACUAUUUUCCAUCUGCUUAUUCACAGCUGGAAACCAUAAUCUUCUUAAUCUACUAAUGUGUUUUACCAUGAUGAAUCAUGUGAUAAACAAAAGCUAAUGAUCCUUUUGGCAGGAAAGAAAUAUGAGAAUGUAAUGCUCAGUAAACAAAGAUCUUUCUCCUUAAUUAAAUCCAUUUUAAUGAAAUAGGAAAAAUGAAAUAUGUAAAAAUAUGUAAUUUUUUUCAGAAAUGUCUUAAAAAAACUGUGAAGCAUUUCAUGUUUUAAUCAUUGUUGAGUUGACUGCCUUUAAUAUGUGUCAAAGUGUCAAUUUAAGUAGGAACUACCUGAUCUCAGAUUUUUAAAAAGUGUUACCUUUUUGAUUACUAUUAAAAUUUUGUUGUAACAUGGAAAAGUAAAGCCCUAUGAGUCAUAGUUAUAGGCCUUUACCUCUGAACUUUAGAUCUCAUAAUCUUAAUUCCAAAUGAGCUGAUAAUUAUUAAUCCACUUUAUUACUCAAACAGAAAAAAUAAAAGUCAGUAAAUCAAAUGAAUAUAUAAAUCAAAAGAAUUAUCCAAAAAACUGAAAACCAGUGCCAGAUGUAGUUCCUAAGAAUGCUACUAGAUUAAUGUCAGAAAUAUCACACAUUCUUUACUUUUACUAUGAAGAAUGUAGGGGAAAAAAGUAAUUGAGAUGUAUGGUUGUACCGCAUACAAGGGGUAGAGAUUACAAGGAGGUUUUUUUCUUUUCUAAGAUUUUAUUUUUAAUCUCUAUACCCAAAGUGGGGCUCAAACUUAACCCCAAGAUCAAGAGUCAGCCAGGUGCCCCUUAUUUUCUUGCUAAUUCUUAUAGUAUUGUAUUGCUGUAAGAGAUAAAUAAUACUUGAUACAUAACAACAGAUCUCGGAUAUUGAUUAACUUGAAUUUGAAUUUGAGCAAUUGGAUUUCAAAAAAGCUGCUUUCCUAGAAAAAGAAACCUCUCCCAGUCUCAAAAUUUUCUUUUCUUCACAUUUAAGUAAAAGGAAAUAAUAAUUUAGAAAGAGAAAAUAUUAAUUUAUAUGUAAAAUUUUCCUGUAAUUUUUCUUCUUUUUUUAAAUUUUUUUUUAUUUUUUAAGAUUAUUUAUUUAUUUAUUUGAGAGAGAGAGAAUGAGAGAGAGAGCACAUGAGAGGGGGGAGGGUCAGAGGGAGAAGCAGACUCCCUGCCGAGCAGGGAGCCCAAUGCGGGACUCGAUCCAGGGACUCUGGGAUCAUGACCUGAGCCGAAGGCAGUCGCUUAACCAACUGAGCCACCCAGGCGCCCCUCUCUUUUCUUCUUGAUUAAAGACUUUUUUUUCUCUACUGUACACUGUGGAAGUCUUAACUUUCAAUUAACUUCCCAGGCACCAUAGAAAGUUCAUUAUACAUGAAAGUGAAGUGGUUUUCUUUCAUGUUUCAACUGAAUUUUAAUUACUGUAUUCUGUGUGUUGUGAAGAGUGUAGGAUUACAUGUUGCCUUGAGAAAGAUAUCACGAGGUCUAGGACAACAGUUAUAAUUUUAAUCUUGUCAGGGCCUUGCUUUAAAACUCUCAUUUCACACAGAAUGAAAUCUCAAUCAUUGAGCCAGCAUUCAGGACCCACUGUGAGCUAGUUGCAGCCUUUAUGUUCCCAACCUCAUCUCCUUCCUUCUUCCACCCUAGUUAGACUGCUCAAGUAAAUCAUGGUCUCUUCAAAAUUCAAAGGAGAAUUUCCUCGGGAGUCAAUCCUUUACCAAAGCAUUCUCUUUUCAGACUUCUUUCUUUUUUUCUGGACACUCAAAUUCUGACAUUCUUUCAAGGUCUAGCUCAGGUACCACUUCCUUCCUUAACUGUAGUAGUAAUCAUUUGGUGGUAUCUCCCUGCACAUCUCUCCACUGAAUGUCCCCACUCCUUUAAGAAUUCUCUUUAUCCUAUUUAUAUUCCUUUCUCUGUCUUAUGUUUCAGAUAUGCCUCUUCAGUCCUGAGUCCUAAAGAGGUUGUUAGAGAGAUGUAUACCUACGUAGAAAAUAACAUGGGUAUAAAAUUCAGAUCUAGCUAAUUGGUAUGAAUUUUGCAUUUCCCUUUUGCUGGCCUGCUGUGUGACCAUGCGCCAGUUAAACUUUCUGAACCACGGUUAUCUAAUCCGUAAAAUGAAGAGAAUUCCAUUUGCCUUGCAAUGUUAGUUUGAGAAUUAGAGAUAAAAUAUGUAAAGCAUAUUGUUCUAUGUACAUAAUAAAUGCUCAACAAACUAUUAUGCAUACUUGAUUUUUGUCCCCAUUCUAGUGGUAGCCACCAAUAGGCAGCCCUGUUGAAUUAAUUUGCACUGUCAAGUUGGAUCUACCUUGCCUCUUAUGGGGACCCUGAAGGACAUCUUUUAUUUAUUUUUUUUAAAGAUUUAUUUAUUUGAGAGAGAGAGAGAGAACACUUGAGUGGGGGGGAGGAGAAGAGGGAGGGAAGCAGACUCCCCACUGAGCAUGGAGCCUGACACAGGGCUCCAUCUCACAACCCUGAGACCCUGACCUGAGUGGAAAUCAAGAUCCAGGCGCUUAACUGACUGAGCCACGCAGGCACCCCCCGAAGGACAUCAUGUGAUUAGGAAAUCCUGGGAAUCUGAGGUUCUCAGCUGGGGAUGAUUUUGCCUCCAGUUUUGCCCCCAACAUAUAUGGCUUUGUCUGGGGACAUUUUUGGUUGUCACAGCUGGAAGAUACUAUUGGCAUUUACUGGGUAGAGGCCGGGGAUACUGCUAAAUAGUUUACAAUGAACAGGACAAAAAAAAUUAGUCCAGUCCAAAAUAUCAAUAGUGCUGAGGUUGAGAAACUUUGCUUUAAAGUCAUCAUCCUAUGGACUCUGAAAAGGCGGCACAAUAUAGUCAAAAAAGCCUAAGAUUGAGGAACUCUGGGUUCUAGUUCUAGUUCCUGCACAAGUGGUGCAUUGCAGGACAAGUCAUUUAACUUAUUCCUCUAUCCUCUGUGUUUUCUACAAUGUAAAUUAGCUCUAGAGCUGCACUAUCCAAAAUGGUAGUCAUUAGCCACAGGUGUCUAUUUAACUUAAAAUUAAAUAAAACUAAAAUAUUUCUCUGUUGUACAAGCCACAUUGCAGUUGUUCAGUAGCAAUGUAUGGCUAAUGGCUACUGCACUGAACAACACACGUGGAACAUUUCCAUCAUUGCAAAAAUUUUUAUUGAACCGUGCUGGUCUAGAGGUUUGGUUAUAUUCAGAAUCAGGCCUUGAUUUUUCAGUAUUUAAAAUGGAGAUAUGAAUAACAUGAUCUCUAAGGUAACUUCCAGUUCUCUAAUUUUGUGAUUCUAAUUUUUUAAAAUUUUAUUUUAAGUGAACUUUGUGCCACAUGUGAGGCCCAAACUCACAACCCUGAGGAGCGUCUGGGUGGCUCAGUCGUUGAGUGUCCAACUCUUGGUUUGGGAUCAGGCUGUGAUCUCAGGGUUCUGGGAUUGAGCCCUGCGUUGGGCUCCCCGCUCGAUGCAGAGUUUGCUUGUCCCUCUCCCACUGCUCCUUCCUCCCACCCCUUUCUCAGAUAAGUAAAAUCUUAAAAAAAAACCACUCACAACCCUAAGAUUAAGAGGCACAAGCUCUGCCAACUGAGCCAGCCAGGCAUCCCUAGUUUUGUAAUUCUGAAGGAGAAUACAUAAAGUAAUGUACCUUAAUAAAAGAAUUGUAAAUGGGUGGCUAGGAAAUUCUGGAAUCACCGAUAUUCUAAUCAAUGUAAUCAUAAUCAGAGUAUUUGUAUUAACAUGUCUGACACUGAAGCUUAAACAACUUUAUGGUACCUACUACAAAGGUAUGGACUGGACUUCCAGUUUCUGGUUCAGCAUGUAAAGAUCUUCAAAGUCAUCACUCCAUCCUAACACCAAGUAAAAUGCCAGACAAACUGAAAACUCAAUUCUACUUAGCUCCAUCAGAGAUGUGAAGUCACAGGACUUCCUGUGACAAUACUCCCAAAAUUGAAAACAAUACUCCCAAAAUUGAAGAGACAGGUGAAUACAGAGAAUUACAACUUACCAGGGCAGAAAUCCUGUGCAAAAUCUUCAAUAGGGACUCCUACUGUGAUGGGAAACCUAAAUUAUAAUUAAUGAAUUACUGGAGGCUCAAAGUGGACAAUUCUGUGAGUUAAAAAAUCUAGAGGGUCCCAGUCAUGGGCAGAGGGCACAAUUUUGUGAUUUUUAUUUCUAGGAGCUUGACCAAGUUUUCACAGUAAAUAUUGGAGAAAAAUCCCCUCGUGCUUCUGGGAGGGGAAGAGGAAAAGGAACCAUUUUCAAAUGACCAGAGCAUUCUGUUCUUUUUAACAAGGCCUGGCAUCAAGAGAAGCUAUUUUACCAGAGCCUGACUGAUCAGGGGGUCAGGAAAAUACCCAACUCCAGCCUAUUCUAGCCAUCCUUUCCCAUUUAAUUGGGGAAAAAGUUGAGAAACACUUCUGAAGUUCACAGUCCACAGGCACAGGCUCACUAAAAGACUGAGACCUAAUCAUAGGACUAUAGAAAGCUUCCCUUAUUGGGUGCCUGGGUGACUCAGUCAUUAAGCGUCUGCCUUCGGCUCAGGUCAUGGUCCCAGGGUCCUGGGAUCGAGUCUCACAUCGGGCUCCCUGCUCGGCAGGAAGCCUGCUUCUCCCUCUCCCACUCCCCCUGCUUGUGUUCCUGCUCUCGCUAUCUCUCUCUGUCAAAUAAAUAAAUAAAAUCUUUAAAAAAAAAAAAAAAGCUUCCCUUAUUGUAAUAUCUUAACACCUCACUACUGAAGGUGUAUUUAUUGCAGUUCUUUUUACCUUGCACAUCAUGGCUGGUUAUCAAAAACUUACAAGGCAUACUAAAAGGCAAAAAACACAGUUUGAAGAGACAGAGCAAGCAUCAGAACCAGACUCAUAUAUGGCUGGGAUGUUGAGAAUUUUCAUACAAGGAAUUUAAGACAAUUAUUAUUAAUAUGCUAAUGGCUGCAAUAAAGUAAACAGCAUGCAAGAAGUGAUGGAUAAUGUACACAGAAAGAUGGAAAUUCUAAGAUUCAAAAAGAAAUGCUACAGAUCAAAAGCACUAUAACAGAAAUGAAGGAUGGCUUUUAUCAGUAGACUGGACAUGGCUGAGAAAACACCCUCUGGGCUUGAGGAUAUGUUAAUAGAAACUUCCAAAAUGGAAACGCAAACAGAAAAAAACCUGAAAAAAUCAGAACAAAAUAGCCAAGAACUGUGGGACAACUACAAAAAGUGUAAUGUGUGUAAUGGGUACACCAGAGGAAAAAAAGGAACAGAAGAAAUAUUUGAAGCAAUAAAGACUGAGAAUUUCCCCAAAGUAAGGACAGACACCAAAUCACAGAUCCAGGAAUCUGAGAGAACAUCAAGUAAGAUAAAUGCCAAAAAAAAAGCUACACCUAGGCAUAUCAUAGUCAAAUAUUAGAAUAUCAAAUAUAAGGGCGCCUGGG